UUAGCAUAAGCUAACAUGACAGACACAACUUCAGGCUAACCUCUACUUUCAUAAGUUACAAUACAAUAAAUAUACAAAACAAAGUAAGUCACAUGACUUCUAUCGCAAAGUACGGAUUAAUCUCACCAAACUUUACACAUACCACCAUGUGGUUUUCAGAACUCACAGAAUGGGAAAAUCCGAGAGCCAAAUGGAUAUAAUGGAGAAAACAACCAAGCCAAGGAAGCAUCGCUGGACCGUAGUGGAGAUCGGCCUGUCCGUUAUAUUACUGCUAAUGAGCUGCGCUUUGGCGGGACUGGUCGUACUUUACGCUUCAGCGCUAAAAGGUGGGAAAAUUAGACCAAAUAAAAACAGACAAUGGACAAUAGAAAAAAAAUUGUUUAAAAAUUUGAACCCGGACACCAGCAUGUGCACAACCCCGGACUGUGUCACUGCAGCGGCAAGGUUAUUGCAGAACAUGGACCAGAGCGUGGACCCGUGCCAGAACUUUUACCAGUACGCCUGUGGAGGCUGGCUGGAGCGGCACGUGAUCCCCGAGACCAGCUCGCUCCACAGCGUCUUCAACAUCUUGAGGGAUGAGCUGGAAAUCGUGCUCAAGGGGGUUCUGGAGACACCAAGUGAACGUGACCGGGAAGCUUUCAAGAAAGCCAAAGUGCUCUACAGAUCGUGUAUGAAUGAGAGUGUGAUCGAGCAGCGCGACUCGCAGCCUCUCCUCAAGCUCAUUGACAGUGUUGGUGACUGGCCUGUAGCCUCUGAGGACUGGAACAACACAGCAGGGGAAUCCUGGAGUCUGGAGCACAUGCUGGCGUUCCUAAACUCUCAUUACAACAAGAAGGUUUUGAUGGAAAUGUUCGUUUGGCCCGAUGAUCGAGACUCAAGCUGCCACAUCAUUCACAUUGACCAGCCAUCUCUAGGAAUGCCCUCAAGAGAUUAUUACCUCAAUGAUGGCAACUACAAAAAGGUGCGUGAGGCCUACCUGCAGUUCAUGGUUUCCAUGGCAAAAAUAGUACGGGAGGACAGGAACCUCACCCAGGACGACGAGCACGUGUGGGAGGACAUGAUGCAAGUGAUGGAGCUGGAGAGAGACAUUGCUAAUGCUACGUCUCCGGCCGAGGAACGCAAUGACAUCACCGUGCUCUACAACAAAAUGACUCUGCGGGACGUGCAGGAGACCUUUAACCUCGGCGGUUUUAACUGGACCCGUUACAUCCAGGGCAUCGUGGCAAGCGUUUCCAUCACAGUGCAGCCUGAUGAGCCCGUCGUGGUUUACUGCUCACCCUACCUCGAGAAACUCAACAAUGUUCUUUCUAGAUACAACCGCAGGACUGUGCAGAAUUACCUGGUCUGGAUGCUGAUCAUGGAACGAGUCAGCAGCCUAAGUCGACGCAUGAAAGACGUCCGAGCUCAUUACAGAAAGACUUUACACGGCACCACGUUGGAGGAGGCACGCUGGCGCGAUUGUGUGCGUUACGUCCAGAACAACAUGGAGAAUGCAGUAGGGGCUCUGUAUGUACGUGAGACCUUUGCUGGAGACAGCAAGCGCAUGGUUGGUGAAUUGAUCAGAAAGAUUCAGGAUUCUUAUGUGGAAACACUGGAAGAGCUGAACUGGAUGGAUGAUCAGUCGAAAGAGAAGGCAAGAGAGAAGGCGAUGGCUAUCUCAGAGCAAAUUGGCUAUCCGGAUUAUAUCCUGGAAGAGGACAACGAGAAACUGGAUCAGGAGUACAUCCACCUGAAGUUCAGUGAAGAGAGCUAUUUUGAGAACGUUCUGGAAAACCUUAAAGCAACCGCUCAGAAAGCUCACAAGAAGCUACGGGAACCUGUGGAUCCAGAACUGUGGAUCAUUGGUGCAGCUGUGGUCAAUGCUUUUUACUCUCACAACAGAAAUCAGAUUGUGUUUCCUGCUGGAAUUUUACAGCCUCCUUUCUUCAGUGAGAAGCAGCUCCAGGCCUUAAACUUCGGAGGAAUUGGAAUGGUUAUAGGACAUGAAAUUACUCAUGGCUUUGAUGACCAUGGUCGUAACUUUGACAAAGAUGGAAACAUGUACAACUGGUGGAGCAACUUCUCCACAGAGCUAUUUGAGGAACAGUCCAAAUGCAUGGUGCAGCAGUAUGGCAAAUUCAGCUGGAAGCUUGCAGGAGGUCAAAAUGUGAGUGGCAUCUCCACUUUGGGAGAGAACAUAGCUGAUAAUGGAGGAGUUCGGCAAGCGUAUAAGGCGUACAUGAAGUGGGUGGAGAGGGAAGGUGAGGAGCCUCGUCUUCCUGGUUUGGACAUGGAUCAUAAGCAGCUCUUCUUCCUCAACUUUGCCCAGGUCUGGUGCGGAGCCUGUCGGCCUGAAUAUGCCAUCCAGUCCAUCAAGACCGACCCCCACAGUCCUCUGGAGUACAGGGUUUUGGGCUCCUUGCAGAAUUUUGAAGCCUUUUCCGAGGCGUUCCAGUGCCAGAGAGGUACUCCUAUGAACCCUGAGGAGAAGUGCAGAGUGUGGUAGUCUGAGUGGAACCUAUACGCUUCACUAUUUCCACCAAGGCAGCAUGUUUUAUACUGUGUGAACUGCCUUAAUGUGUGUCUGUUGAAAGAGAGAAGAAUGAGGUUAUUAUGAAAACUAGGAAAACCGCGAGUCAUUAAAAAAGUCAUUAUAUGAGUAAGCAGAAGGCGAGUGCAAUGAAGGCGGGGUGGAAAAGAGACACUUUGAGUCUCAUAACUUGUUGAAAUAUUUGUAUAUUUGUUUGUCAUGUGUUAUCAUUCUGUAUAGAUUCCAAACUAAGACGCAGAUAUGAUAUACGCAGCUGCCGCCUUUGAUAGUGGACACAUUUCCUAAUAUUCUGACAGAUUUCUUUUUUUGCUGGCUUUAAAUGUGGUGAGCG